AUGGCAGAAGUGAAGCUGGAGCAGACGGAGCUGUGUGUGGAGCCCCUCCACCUCAAAGAGGAGCCAGAGCUGUGCCUCAAGCAGGAGACAGAGCUGUGCCUCAAGCAGGAACCAUGGCUGUGUGUCAAACCGGAGGAGUUUCCUUUUCACAUUGUGACUGUAAAAACAGAAGAUGAUGAUGAUGAUGAAGAGGCGUCCUAUCGGCUUCCUUCUGAAGAAGGCGAGAAGCACAUGGACGGCUCUGACGACAACGCCUCUCCACUGCUCAGUCUGUGGGAGAGGGUGUAG